AUGUCCAAACCGGAGACCGGACACGAGGAGGAUGUUUCUGUUGUUGAGCCGAUUGGUCUUCUACCUGACGAUGAGCCCAAUACUAUUUAUCAGGUUAGGUGGCGCACGUUGAUGGCUAUUUUUGCGCUGUCGUGGUCGAAUAAUUGUGCUGCUAUUUCGAAUACGACCAAUACCAUCAUCAGUUUCCAAAUUCAGGACUUGGGAGGUGUUUCGCUCGCUUCAUGGAUUGCGAACGCCAAUCUUCUCGUUACCCUAGCUUUUAGCCCGGUUUUUGGAUCCCUCAGCGAUCGCUUGGGCAAGAAAUGGUUUAUUGUACUAUGCAGCAUACUAGGAAUGGUCGGCUCGGUCACCUCCGGCUCUGCGCACAAGACUACCGUCAUCGUGGUCGGUAAUGCAUUGACCGGUCUAGGCAAUGCAGGCUGUACCAUGGGUGUCCCCGCCGCACAAGAAGUAACGCCCAACAAAUUCCGGCCAUGGACAAUGGGAUUCUCGCAGGCAAUGGCAAGUUGCAUGGUCAUCGCAGGAACAAUCGGUGCCGGAGCCUUGGUGAAAUAUCAAACCUGGCGCUGGUCAUACUAUCUCAACGCUUUCGUCUACGGCACCUCGGCCGUCCUCGUAUUUACCUUCUACCACCCGCCCCGACCAGGUCUGCGGCGGCAGCUGGGUCAACGGCGGGAAAUUUUCUCGCAGGUGGAUUACCUGGGCACCUUUCUCUUUGUCGGGUCCAUUGCUUCCAUUAUCAUCGCGUUGACAUGGGGUGGCUCGGCGUAUGCGUGGUCGUCGGCCCAGGUGAUCGCCACACUUGUCGCUGGCUGUGUGGGCCUGGUUUCCUUUGCUGUCUAUGAAUGGAAAUUCACCUCUAGGGGAAUCUUCGACCACCGGAUGUUUGAAACGAGAAACUUCCCCAUUCUGCUGUUUGUCUGCAUUGUGGAUGGCAUGCUGUUGCUCGGUGUUAAUGUGCUGUAUGCCCAGCAGAUCGCGGGCUUAUUCACCACUGAUGCUUUACACAUUGCUGUAGUCCUUACUCCGUAUCUGGCUACUUCGGCCUUUGGAUGUAUCCCGGCUGGAUGGGUUAUGGCUCGAACAAAAUCCUAUCGUGUUAUGCUCGUGGUUGCUCUGCUAUGGUGCAGCCUUUUCACGGGCCUCAUGGCAUUGGUCAAUCCACAGCGUUUGAGUUGGGCGUAUGCCUUCUCCGCGCUGUUCGGCAUGGGAACUGCCGUAACCACCGUCAUUCCAGUCGUGGCUAUUGGCCUUUCCGUCCCAUCUUUCCUGCUCGGGACCGCGGGUACCAUCAGUAUCGCCUGCCGUGCCCUCGGUGGCAUUGUCGGUAUCACCAUCUUCACCACAGUAUAUAACAACAAGAUCGCUGCAUCGACAGCCCAGUAUGUCGGCAACAUUCUCAAUGCCGCCGAUAAAGGAAGCUUUACCGGUCAGGUAGUCGCGGCAGUUCUCAGCUCGAAUCCAAUGGCUCUCGAUGACGUGAAAGGUCUUCCUGCAUCGCUGAUCCCUGCGAUCGAGAACGCCCACUUACAGGCCGAGACUUACUCCUGGCGGUUUGUGUGGAUCGCCAUCUGCGUGGUUGUGGCGGUCAAUGCUAUCGUGGCUUGUUCGUUGCACUCGGUGGCAACCAAGAUGAACAACCAUGUGGAGUCUGCGUUGGAGAAAUCAGAGAUGCGCGACAAGCAGCUGAGGGAGUAA